UGGACAAUACGGGCAGAGGAGGUUGCUCUGUCUCUCUCUCUCUCUCUGAUGAUCAAAUGACAUGACAAGGGAGUAAUGGUUUAGAAGUAAUAUUAUUUCUAUAUUCUGAUUUGUUUAUAAUGCUGGAUUUCCCUUGUUUUCAAAUGUUUUAGAUCCCAGAAGAAGAGAAAAAUCUCGGUCCCGAUGAUCGCCUAAUACAUGUGUACCAUUUCAUAAAAGACACAGCUCAGAACCCUAUGAAAAUUGAGAACUUUGGGGAACCUUUUUUCAUGGUCAUGCAUGAGGGUGAGACUUUGGCUGAAAUUAAAGUGCGAAUACAGAAGAAAUUACAAGUUCCAGAUGAAGAGUUUGCCAAGUGGAAGUUUGCAUUUCUUUCUCAAGGUCGUCCAGAGUACCUUCAGGACUCCGACAUUGUCUCCAGUCAUUUUCAGGGUGAUGGUCCUUGGCAAGAGUAUCUUGGAUUGGAGCACUCUGACAAUGCUCAUAUAUAGGGCUAAUACAACU